AUGAUGAAGAACCAUCGGUCUGUGAUCGCCUCCGCGGCUGUGGCCGAGCCCGUCCCUUACGGCGGCGGACGGAAAGGCCACGGUGGGUCCGGGUCUGGCUUUGGCAGUGGAGCCGGGGGUGGUGGAAGAGGAGCUGGUGGAUCAGGGUUGGGUAGUGGAGGAAAUGGUUCCAGUUCCUAUGGAUUAGGCUUUGGAAAUGGAGGACUCGGCUCUAGCACUGAUGGAUCAGGCUUCGGAAGUGGAGGAGUGGGAUCCAGCACUGGUGGAUCAGGUUUUGGAAGUGGAGGGUUAGGCUUAGGGGGUGCCGGUAGUGGCUCUAGUGGAUUUGGAUCAGGCUCAGGGAUUGGAGGAUUAGCUGGGUCAGAAUUGGGUGGCAGCGGAGCUGGUGCUGGUAACAGCGGCAGUGGAGGUGUUGGAGGUAGUGGAAGCCUUGGUGGUGGCAGCACUUUUGGCUCCAUUGGUGGCAGUGGAGGCGUUGGUGGCAGUGGCGGAUUUGGAGGCAGUGGUGGAGUUGGUGGCAGCCAUGGAAGUGGUGGAAACCUUGGAGGUGGCAGCAGUUUUAGUUCCAGUAGCACUUUUGGCUCCACUGGUGGACUUGGUGGCAGUAGAGGAGUUGGAGGCAGCAGUGGUGGCUUUGGAGGGAGCAGUGGAGUUGGAGGCAGUGGAGGAGUUGGUGGCAGCAGUGGUGGCUUUGGAGGCAGCGGCCUGGGUGGUUCUGCAGGCACAAGGGAAUGCUAUUGCUGUCCUGCGUAUGUCGAUGUACACAUCCACAUGUGUACAUGUAUUAACAUCAGCUAUAAUUUGUUGGCUACCAACAAUAGUGUUGAUGCAUCAGUAAUGACUCAUUAUCUGUGGAACCUGAUGAUAAGGAAACAAAAUUGCCAAAAGAGAGGCUUCGGAAGUGGAGGACUGGAAUCCAGCACUGGUGCAUCAGGUUUUGGUAGUAUAGUGUCAGGAUUAGGGGGUGCCGGUAGUGGCUCUAGUGGAUUUGGAUCAGGCUCUGGGAGUGGAGGAUUAGGUAGAUCAGGAUUGGGGGGCAGCGGAGCUGGUGCUGGUUACAGCGGCAGUGGAGUUGGUGGAGGUGUUGGAGGAAAAGCUGAUGGAAGCCUUGGUGGUGGCAGCACUUUUGGCUCCACUGGUGGACUUGGUUGCAGUGGAGGCGUUGGUGGCAGCUAUGGAAGUGGUGGAAGCCUUGGACAGUAG